UAUAGGCAGUGCUGGUACGCCUGUCACUUUUAAUGAAAACGGAGAUGCUCCCGGACGUUAUGAUAUCUUCCAGUAUCAAAUAACCAACAAAAGUACAGAGUAYAAAGUCAUCGGGCACUGGACCAAUCAGCUUCAUCUAAAAGUGGAAGACAUGCAGUGGGCUAAUAGAGAACACACUCAGCCAGCAUCUGUCUGCAGCCUGCCCUGCAAGCCUGGGGAAAGGAAGAAAACCGUCAAAGGGGUCCCUUGCUGCUGGCACUGUGAGCGCUGUGAAGGUUACAACUACCAGGUAGAUGAGCUCUCCUGUGAACUUUGCCCUUUGGAUCAGAGACCAAACACCAACCGUACAGGCUGCCAGCGUAUCCCCAUCAUCAAACUGGAGUGGCAUUCUCCCUGGGCCGUGGUGCCUGUGUUUGUUGCAAUACUGGGGAUCAUCGCCACCACCUUUGUGAUUGUGACCUUUGUCCGCUAUAAUGACACACCUAUUGUGAGGGCUUCAGGACGGGAACUUAGUUAUGUGCUCCUAACAGGGAUUUUUCUCUGUUAUUCCAUCACCUUUUUAAUGAUUGCAGCACCAGAUACAAUUAUAUGCUCCUUCCGACGGAUCUUCUUGGGACUUGGUAUGUGUUUCAGCUAUGCAGCCCUUCUGACCAAAACAAACCGUAUCCACCGAAUAUUUGAGCAGGGGAAGAAAUCUGUCACAGCACCCAAGUUUAUUAGUCCAGCAUCCCAGCUGGUGAUCACCUUCAGCCUCAUCUCCAUACAGCUCCUUGGGGUGUUUGUCUGGUUUGUUGUGGACCCACCACACACCAUCAUCGACUAUGGAGAACAACGGACACUGGAUCCGGAAAACGCCCGAGGAGUGCUCAAGUGUGACAUUUCUGAUCUCUCGCUCAUUUGUUCCCUUGGAUACAGUAUCCUCUUGAUGGUCACUUGUACUGUUUAUGCCAUUAAGACGAGAGGUGUUCCAGAGACUUUCAAUGAAGCCAAACCAAUCGGAUUUACCAUGUAUACCACCUGCAUCAUUUGGUUAGCUUUCAUUCCCAUCUUUUUUGGUACAGCUCAGUCAGCAGAAAAGAUGUACAUCCAGACAACAACACUUACUGUUUCCAUGAGCUUAAGUGCUUCUGUGUCUCUGGGGAUGCUCUAUAUGCCCAAGGUUUAUAUUAUAAUUUUUCAUCCAGAGCAGAAUGUUCAAAAACGCAAGAGGAGCUUCAAGGCCGUGGUGACAGCUGCCACCAUGCAAAGCAAACUGAUCCAAAAAGGAAAUGACAGACCAAAUGGCGAGGUGAAAAGCGAACUCUGUGAGAGUCUUGAAACCAACACUUCCUCUACCAAGACAACAUAUAUCAGCUACAGCAAUCAUUCAAUCUGAAACAGGGAAAUGACAAUCUGAAGAAAUAUGGUAUGUGAUCUUAAACAAUGAACAUGAGACCACAAAAACURACUCCUGGAGAUCUCCAUAGACUACAACCAAUCAAAUCAAUAUUCAGUCUAGUAAGGAACAAAAAUUAGCCAUGAGCCAAAAGUAUCAGUAACGGGGAAUGAAGAACCCCGCUUUAUAAAACACAACCAAUGAGUGUCAAACUAAAGUAUUGCUUCCUCAUGAGAAGUUAAAAAAAAUCACAAAAGGAAAACUAAUGUUAGCUUGUGAAAAAAAAAUAUGCUGUUGAAAUAAACCAUGUCUGAUGUUAUUCUUGUAAGUAUUUUUCUGUGAUUGUGAGAACUCCCAUUCCUGUCCCUCAUUGUUCAACUUGUAUAAGAUGAGUCUGUUUCUUGUAAUGGCUGACCGGAUUGAAGCCCUGGGUUGUGCUAAAAAAUAAAUGCAAUGAUUGACGCAUGCAAUUUUUUAUACAAAUAAUUUAUUUCUAAUAAUAAAGGAAUGUUUUGCAAAUGUU